AUGGGGAAAGCCCACGCGCUCGGUUUGCAAAGGACCCUCAAGUUUGGCCCACGCUCUCCUGCUGCCCCCCACCCCGAGAGCCACCCCACGGACACCAACCUGCGCUCGGUGCUGGCUGGGUGCCGCCGGCUGCAUUGGCGGGGUCGUCAUAGCAACUCUGCCAAACUCCUGCGCGAAGGGUCACGGGAGCGCGGCCGGGAGAACAGCGGGAGAGCCGGAGGACCGAGCAGCUGCGGGCAGAGAGAGAUGCUGCUGGAGGAGGAGUUCCGGCAGCUGCAGGAAACGCAUAAAGUUUACAGGCAGAAACUGGAAGAAGUCACCAGCUUGCAGACAGCCUGCAGCAGCUCCAUACACCGGCAGAAGAAGACACUAAGGGAUCUGAAGCACAGCCUGCAACGGUGCAAGCCCCGAGCAAGUCCUGAAGAAUUUGCUCUCAUUCAGGAGAUCAGCACCCAGAUCAAGGAGAGGCAAAAUGCCUUCUUCGACAUGGAAGCCUACUUGCCGAAGAAGAAUGGCUUGUACUUAAACCUGGUGCUGGGAAAUGUGAAUGUAACUCUCCUGAGUAACCAAGCAAAGUUUGCCUACAAGGACGAGUAUGAGAAGUUCAAACUUUAUCUGACGAUAAUCUUGUUACUCGGGGCUGUCACCUGCAGGUUUAUUCUCCACUACAGGGUGACAGAUGAAGUGUUUAACUUUCUGUUAGUAUGGUAUUACUGCACACUGACGAUACGGGAAAGCAUUCUCAUUAGCAAUGGAUCAAGGAUCAAAGGCUGGUGGGUGUCUCAUCACUACGUCUCCACAUUCCUGUCUGGAGUAAUGUUAACGUGGCCAGAUGGACUCAUGUAUCAAAUGUUUCGCAGUCAAUUUUUAGCAUUUUCAAUAUUUCAGAGUUGUGUUCAGUUCCUACAGUAUUAUUAUCAAAGGGGCUGCCUUUAUAGACUCCGUGCUUUGGGGGAGAGAAACCACUUGGACCUUACAGUAGAAGGAUUUCAGUCCUGGAUGUGGCGGGGGCUGACGUUUCUCCUUCCCUUCUUGUUCUUUGGGCAUUUCUGGCAGCUAUAUAACGCAAUCACGCUUUUUGGAUUGUCGAGGCAUAAGGAAUGCAAGGAAUGGCAGGUUUUUGUGUUGGCGUUCACGUUUCUGCUGCUCUUUCUUGGGAACUUCCUCACUACUCUCAAAGUGGUGCACACUAAACUCCAGAAAAACAAAGACAAAAUG